GUACUGUCUGUGUUUUGAUCUCGAUAGCCAAAAAUUGUAAACUUUCAUUAAGAAAACAAAUAAUCUUUAAAAUUACAAAAACUACCCAAUUUCUGAUCACGCUUGAACUCGUAUCACCAUCUACCAUCAGCCUUGAGAAAAUUUGAUAAGAGUUGAUGAAAGUAUGGACGACGAAAGAAAGCGCAGUUUAUUCGUUGGAAAUCUGGCGACCCCUGCAACCACAGAGGCCCUGAUUCACGAGCUGUUCACUCAAGUGGGGCCUGUCGAAAAAGUUCAUAUCCCCAAAAAUAAACAGACAAAUCAGCCAGCUGGCUAUGCAUUUGUGACAUUCAAACAUGAGGUGUCUGUCAUGUACGCUACACAAGUGCUAGCAGGAACCCAGCUGUUCGGAAGAACUCUUAAGCUUCAACUGAGGGACGGCGCAGGUGGGAACACACCCCAGCAAUCACCAUCUACUCCCAGGCAUCAGCAGCAAUACCAGCAACAACCGCAGUACCAGCAACAUCAACAGCACAGGAACCAGCAAGAGUUCAACGCAAUCUACGCCUCCCAGAAAGAUUACAGAAGGGACCAUCAACAAAAUAAUGGUUACCGCGGCGAUGAGCCCUACUCCAGAGACCGACACAACAACGGGAGAUCUCAGGACAGAAAUAGAUAUCAAGAGCGCCCUCGAGAUCACCGCAACCGCCAGCAACACCCCUACCAAAACAAUCAACAUCAACGACAUGGCAGAAACAGGAGAUAGCUUUGGAGACUUUCAGAGUGCAAUUAACAGCUCUUGUUGAGCGAAUUUGUGUACAAAAUUUACUUCGCAGACAUUUCCUCUGUGAUGCCCAUGUUGUAUGUUCAUUUCUAGGUGUGUUUCCCCCUUCAAAAUAACAACUGAUAGGAUUGUCAGCCUUA